AUGUGGAAGCUUAAGCUGUCAAAAGGGGACUACGAUGAUGAUGACGGAGGUGUUAGAAGAAGAAGUAGUGUAAAUGAUGAGGAUCAUAUUGGUAGACAAUUUUGGGAAUUCGAUCCAUAUGCAGGGACUCCCGAGGAACGAUCUCAAAUCGAGAAAAUGCGACAAGAAUUUACCAAAAACAGGAUGAAUGUGAAGCAUAGUUCUGAUCUUCUCAUGAGAUUUCAGUUUGCAAGUGAUGAUGAUCAUCAGAAUAACCAUUACGAAUCAGAUAAAGAUCAUCAAUCAGAUGAAGAACAAGUAGCUGAUGAUCAUGUACUUGUGAAGACGGGGUUGAAGAAAGCGUUGAGGUUUUACUCAACUCUUCAAGGUGAGGAUGGGACCUGGCCUGCUGACUAUGGUGGUCCUUUGUUCCUUCUUCCUGGCCUGAUCAUCGGGUUGCAUGUCAUGGGGGCGACAAGUGUAGUUUUAUCUGCAGAACACCAAAGGGAAAUUUGUCGUUAUAUCUACAAUCAUCAGAAUGUAGAUGGAGGAUGGGGUUUGCACAUAGAAGGUCACAGCACCAUGUUUUGUACGGCUUUGAACUACGUGAGCUUGAGAUUGCUCGGAGAAACUAUUACAAUGGAUGAUGAGGGUGCCCUGACAAAAGCUAGAAAAUGGAUUCUUGAUCAUGGCAGUGUCACUCACAUACCCUCAUGGGGUAAAUUCUGGCUUUCUGUACUCGGGGUGUAUGAAUGGGCUGGCAACAAUCCUUUGCCACCAGAGCUGUGGCUUCUCCCAUAUUUUGUUCCUCUACACCCAGGACGCCUGUGGUGCCACACAAGGAUGGUUUACCUACCGAUGUCAUACUUGUAUAGUAAGCGGUUUGUCGGACCAAUCAGUUCCGUUGUUCUGUCACUAAGACGAGAGUUAUAUAAGACACUUUAUCACCAAGUUGAUUGGGAUUCAGCAAGAAAUCAAUGUGCCAAGGAAGAUUUGUAUUAUCCUCAUCCUAUAAUACAAGACAUCAUAUGGGGUGGUUUGAACAAGAUUGCGGAACCUUUACUGAUGCAAUGGCCAUUAUCCAAGCUUAGAAAGAAAGCAUUGAACACUGCUAUGCAACAUAUUCAUUAUGAGGACAAGAACACUCACUAUAUUUGCAUUGGACCUGUUAAUAAGGUGCUCAACAUGUUAUGUUGUUGGGUAGAGGAUCCAAAGUCACCUGCAAUUAAGUUGCACCUCUCCAGAAUCAAAGACUAUCUUUGGAUAGCCGAAGAUGGCAUGAAAAUGCAGGGAUACAACGGAUCACAAUUGUGGGAUGCAGUUUUUGCAGUUCAAGCUAUAUUAGCAACAAAUAUGGUUGAUGAAUAUGGCUCCAUGCUUCAGAAAGCACACAACUUCAUUAAAAACUCACAAAUCAGAGAAAACAGCUCGGGUAACUUUCAGUCAUGGUAUCGUCACAUAAUAUGUGGUGGAUGGCCAUUUUCCACCCGAGCUAAUGGUUGGCCUGUUUCAGAUUGUACUGCUGAAGCUUUGAAGACGGUUUUGAUGCUAUCACAAAUGCCAAAUGACAUUGUUGGAGAAUCAAUUGCACCAGAAUGUUUAUAUGAUGCUGUUCAUUUACUUCUAACUCUUCAGAAUGCAAAUGGCGGAUUCUCCUCUUACGAGCUCAUGAGAUCCUACGGAUGGUUAGAGGUGCUCAACCCGGCUGAAACAUUUGGAGACAUCAUGGUCGAUUACCAGUAUGUGGAGUGUACAUCUGCAGUGGUGCAAGGCCUAAGAUUGUUCAUCAAACUAUAUCCAAGCCACCGAAGAGAGGAAAUAGAAGCCUGUGUCGACAAAGCCAUAACAUUUAUUGAGAAUAUGCAACUGCCCGACGGCUCAUGGUAUGGAUCAUGGGGAAUUUGCUACACGUAUGGAACAUGGUUUGGAAUAAAAGGAUUGAUUGCAGCGGGUGAGACAUACGAAACUAACGAUAGCAUCAGAAAGGCGUGUUCUUUCUUUCUCUCUAAGCAGCUUCCCUCCGGGGGUUGGGGAGAGAGCUACAAAUCUUGUGAGCGAAAGGUAUACACAAAUAUCGCAGGGAACAAACCCCACCUCAUAAACACUUCGUGGGCUUUGCUAGCUCUGAUUGAAGCCGGACAGGGUGAGAGAGAUCACAGGCCACUCCAUCGUGCUGCAAAAGUACUAAUUGAUCACCAAACAGAGAAUGGAGAUUUUCCGCAACAGGAUAUUAUAGGGGUGUUUAACAAGAACUGUAUGAUAAGUUACUCGUCUUACAGAAACAUAUUUCCAAUUUGGGCUCUUGGAGAAUACCUCAAUCGUGUAAUUGGAGAUAAAUCCCCUACUUGA